AUGGAGGGCCGCAAAAGUGAAGAUGAAAAGAACGAAGCCGCUUUAGCCUGUGAUGUCUUUGAAUCCUCCAAUGCCAAACUACCAAAGAAUGUAUUCAGAAGUUCCUUUACUUGGUAUUGCUAUGAAGUUAUCAAUAGGUCAGCAUUCCAUAUUUGGUUAUUGUUAUGUUUAACGCUCAUUGUUGGUUGGAAGGUUUUUUCAGGCAUCGGUGGUAGAAGACCAUCUGACUCAAACAUGGACGGCCCCCAAACCAAACAUAAACGGAAUCCAGGUUUUUUGAGGCGUCAUUCGACCAUCGUUAUCUUAGUUAUAUCUUUAGCAGUGUCUUUCUCAUGGGAAGCUUUCAAAAUGUAUCGUGAACGCACCUUCGGGAAACAAAUCACUCAGUUUGCCAAAGAAAUUAUUAAAAGUGCGCCAAGCACAGAUAUGGAAAGCUGGGACCGUGUUGCAGCGGAUUUUAACUCUUAUAUGUACGAAAAUAAACUUUGGAACACAGAAUACUUUUUUUGUUGA